AUGGAUUCUUAUCACUAUACUAGUUAUAACAUAUUUAAUAGCAGUUUGAAGAGUAUUCCUGCACCAGGAGAGCUGAAUAUUAGUGCAACUCAUUUCUCGAAUUCCAUUUUGUUACAAAUUAGGUUGAAUGGUGAAAUGAACUGUACAUUAGACAUAACAACAGCAGGAUUACGUCCAAUAGAGCAUGAUGUAAUGCAUAGACCUAUUGCAGGAAUAAAUAAUAUUAACGGAAAAGAAAAAAACCAAGAAGAAAGCAAUUGUGAUCAGGAGGAAGAAGAGCUUUUCAUAAGAGAUAAUUUAUCCGAUUAUACUGUACGGGUUAAAUUAGGUGAUUCUAAUGACCCUAAAUUACCAGUUAUUGCCACCCAGAUUGCAGAAUUAUACCAAAGAAUAAUUAUCCCUAACUUACAUAAAGGAAAUACUUUUCCUGAUCAUUUUUCAAACAUUAAUCUAACAAUUACGUUAAGCUCUAAAAUAUGGUCAAUAGAAAAUAGGAACAUUAAAGGGACGAAUAAUGAUAAUAAUAAUAGCAAUGAAGACUUUGCCAAAUUAGUUUUUGUAUUAAAAUCUAUAAAACAAAUGUAUCAAUAA